AAAACCCCUCCCACUGAUUUGGUUUAUGGUUGCCAUGACAACACGAAGCUCCGUAGGGCUAUUUGAUUCUGCUCGAAUGAAGAGGUCGUGAAGUCGGUACAAACGUGUUAAAUUUCCCUGAGUAAUAUUUCUUUAUGACGUUAUAUGUCCUGUAAAACUAUACUAUCAAGCUAACUUUAACAAAAAGAACUGUUUAUAAACGAGCAAACACCACCACCACUGUGCUAAAAGCUAGCAAAGUUUAAUCAGUUUAAUCGUUAAAUCAUUUAACGUCAACGCUACCCUCUCAGUUUUUAUAUCGAUAUUUUUAUUUCAGUAGCAUCCAAAGUUUAUUAGGGAGAAUUAAUGUGCUGGAGUUAACCACUAGAUACUAACUGUAAUGUAUAUAUGUUUUGAUAUUAACUGAGCUCAGUAUUUUGAAGCUAGGCCUUGGUCCUUUAACAACAAGCUAAAGAAAGAGGAAGCAGUCAUGUCUGAUCAGCAGCUUAAACACAAAUCCCACAGAAGAGAGAAGAGGACAGGCAAAGUGCCCUCAGAGGCAAGCCAUGGUGCAAGAGGCAAAGAAACAACUGGCAGGACUAAAGACUCUGUCAGUACUGCAUCAUACAUGGAUGAUCUAGGACACCAUGAUGACAACGCUCGGUUGGUUGUGACAAUAGACAACACCUACCAGUUGGGACCAUACAAAUGCUUCCCUGUCCCUGCUGUCACAGACAUAUUGAAGGAUGUACUUACCAGUUACCUUCAAGAAGAGAAAUAUGAAUCAGAGUGGUCUCAAAAAAUGACAAAAACGAUAUGUGAGGUGAUAAGAGCUCGUGUGAAGGACCUCAUGAUCCCCAGAUAUAAAAUUGUUGUCCUGGUCCACAUCGGCCAGCUCACUGGGCAGAGCAUGCAAAUCAGCAGCCGCUGUCUGUGGGAUGCAUCCAACGACACCUUCGCCUCUUACUCUUUCAAAAAUAGCUAUUUGUUCGGUGUGGCAACUGUCUUUGCUGUUUACUUUGAGUGAUUCACAGACAUUGCCUGAAAACUGGUAAAUACAUAAAAAACAAUUAACUUAUUAUUUCUGUCAGUUAUGAAGACAUUUCUGUUGUUGAAAAUUUCUUUAUCUACAUUGUUUGCCACAUAAAAACAUGAUAAAACAGAAUUGACAACGGAAAUUCAUGGCUGAUUUUAUUGAUUGAGAUGUAGAGAAUUAAAUCACACUACCCUAA